UCAAAAAGUCCACUCCCAAAAAUGGCAAUAAAAGUUUUAUCAGCACUCGAUGCAGCAAAAACACAAUUUUACCACUUCAAAGCAAUCAUAAUCGCGGGAAUGGGCCUAUUUACAGAUAGUUAUGAUUUAUUUUGUAUCCCCGUAGUCAUGAGAAUGCUUGGAAGAAUUUAUUACCCCGAAAUCCAUCGAACCAUUGACCAAAGAAAAUGGUUCGAGGUCCCAUCCGUCAUUGCAUCCACUAUGAUUGGUGUUGCGUUAAUGGGGACGGUGAUCGGGCAGCUAGUUUUCAGGCGGCUUGGUGACCUUGUCGGGCGGCGCCACGUGUACGGCGUUUCGUUAAUAAUGAUGGUGGUGGGGUCCAUUGGGUGUGGUUUCUCGUUUUCAGUUUUGACUCCGAUGGUGUUUGUUACUCUUGGAUUUUUUCGGUUUUUGCUUGGGGUGGGAAUUGGUGGGGAUUAUCCGUUAUCUGCCACGAUUAUGUCGGAGUUUGCUAGUAAGAGGACACGUGGAACGUUUAUUGCCGGUGUGUUUUCUAUGCAAGGGUUUGGGAUACUGUUGAGUUCGCUUAUUACAAUGAUUGUUUGCUACAUUUUUAGAGGUUUUAGUGAUAAUUUAAGAACGGUGUCAAAAUCCCCGGAGUCAGAAACAACUGCACCGGUGCCGCCGGAAUCAGACUUGGCAUGGCGGAUUAUUCUUGUGAUCGGUGCGAUUCCGGCAGCAAUGACUUAUCAUUGGCGGAUGAAGAUGCCAGAAACCGCCAGAUUCACCGUUUUGGUGGAGAAAAAUACUUUAAAAGCUUCAAAAGACAUGGAAAAAGUGAUGAAUAAUGUAUCACUAAGGGGUCCUUUAUCAAACACCUACCCAUUCUUCUCUCAAGAAUUUUUCCGGCGACAUGGCCGUGAACUCAUCGCCGCCGCCGUUAACUGGUUUUUGGUCGAUAUCGUCUUUUACAGUCUAAAUCUAUUCCAAUAUCAUGCAUUUAAACUUAAAAUGAUUCCAAAAAGUCACAUGAAUAUAUACGAUGAUGCACUACAAAUUGCAAAAUUCCAAGCAAUCGUUGCCAUUUCUGCCACGAUUCCCGGCUAUUUUCUGGCGGUUUACAUGAUUGAUUAUGUUGGGAGAGUCGAGAUUCAAGCAACCGGAUUCUUUUUCAUGGCAGUAAGUUUGUUUACAAUUGCUUUUGUUAACAAAAGCACUUGGGGAUCCGAACCCGAAUCUGAUUCAGGUAUUGGGUUUAUGAUACUUUAUGGGCUUACAUUCUUUUUUGCUAAUUUUGGGCCGAACACCACCACAUUUAUAGUUCCAGCAGAGCUUUUUCCGGCAAGGUUCCGGGCAACGUGUCAUGGGGUUUCCGGCGCUGCUGGGAAAGUUGGGGCAAUAAUCGGGUCGGUUGGGUUUUUAUGGGCCUGUCGUGACCCACCAAAUGGGCUUGGGGUGUCGCAUACUUUGAGGGUAAUGGGUUUAGUCUGUGUUUUGGGGUUUUUUGUAACGUAUUUUCUUACGCGGGAGACGAUGGGCCGGUCGUUGGAGGAGAAUGAGAAUGUCGAUGAGUUUAUUGGUGUUUGUUUUAUCAGAUUUUGGCCCCAUAAAGUUUGGGCCAAAAGAUUUGAUGAAACAAUUGUGAAUGAUCGUUUACAUCUGUCUUUAUCAAAUGCAAUGUAACUUGUUUUGAACUGUCAUUGUAAAUUGUUUGGGUGGUGUUAGGUGACGGUUGAAAGUGGUGGUGAUGAGCGGAGAAUGCUGGUUAAAUAAAAGUUGAUAACGUCGUCUAUCGAUGAUUAUUUGGUA